AUGUCGCAAUCACAUGCAGCCAAGUACGGAAAGGACAAGGUCCGCUUCCUCAAAGUCGUCCGCGAUCCCGUCGAUCCGAAGCACCAGGAUGUGGUGGAGAUGACGGUGCGAGUCCUCUUGGAGGGCGAUAUUGAGAAGAGUUAUACCGAGGCUGAUAACAGUGUCGUUGUCCCUACCGACACGGUCAAGAAUACAGUGAAUAUUUUGGCCAAGGAAAACCCCGUCACCCCACCCGAACUCUUCGCCGCAACCCUCGCAAACCACUUCCCCACCAAAUACCCCCACAUCCACGGCACCUCCGUCUCCAUCAUCGUUCACCGCUGGACCCGCCUGUCCAUCGACGGCGCAGAACACCCUCACUCCUUCCUCCGCGAUGGCGAGGAAAAGAGGUUGGUGACAUGCACCUACAAACGUGGCGAAGCAUUCCACAUCACCUCUGGAAUCUCUAACCUGUUGGUCUUGAAAUCUACGAAUUCCGCUUUCCACGGGUUCCACGAGUGUGAUUACACAACCCUCAAACCAACCAACGACCGCGUCUUCUCAACCGAAGUGGAAGCGACCCUGACCCACCAACCCUACAACACCCUCGCCGCUAUCUCUAUCGCCGCCAAGUCCCUCGAGGCUUACUACCAACGCGCUCGCAACACGACGUUGAAGAUCUUUGCGCAGGAUAAUUCUGCGAGUGUACAGGCGACGAUGUAUAAGAUGUGUGAGGAUAUUUUGACGCAUUGUCCGGGUGUUGAGGAAGUGGCGUAUGCGUUGCCGAAUAAGCAUUAUGUUGCAGUUGAUUUGGGGGCGUUUGGGUUGGAUAAUUCGACGCCGGGGAAGCAGGAGGUGUUUUUGCCUUUGGCGGAUCCGAGUGGCUUGAUUACUGCCACGGUUUCUCGCAAGCCUUAGGUGUACACGUGAGCGUGAGAGGCUCUUGCAAGUCCUCGAAGGAGCGGCACGGUUCCUUGGAUAUACCCGAUAUCUCUCUUCUUCCAGAUUACCAUAUGGAUACCAAGGAUU